GCGGACAGAUGGCCCAGUGGCGGGCAGAGACGGAGGGUCGUUUCCUUCCCGUGAGGCGUUUGAGUUGUGUGCGAUGUGUGAUGCGUUGAAAGACAUGAAGCUUUAAGAAGGCUAGUCGGAGAGGUCCCGCAAGUUCGUGCAUCUGAUGUGACUACACCACUUGAAAAACGCGAGGGGGUCGAGAGCUUAUUGGUUCAAGAUGUUCAAGGUGCCUCCGCAAGAUUUUCAAUUAGUUUGGACGCCGUAUGCUACGCUGCUACAGUUGAAAGAACUCCUGCACCAAGUUCACGGCCCAAACACCGGACAAAUACCAUGGUUUUCUCGUUUACGUCAGGUGGUUUAUGUUGGAAUUGCCUUUGGUGGAAUUAUCGCCUGAGACCAUCAUCUCUUCUGGUCAAGGCCAAGACUGAGCCGACCAAGACUCAGACCGAUUCGGAGCCAGCGAUUCCACCGGUGAAGGCCAGCGAAGCAACCAACGCCCCGGAGGAGCUGAAGACGCUCGUCCCAACGAAAGAACCCAAGGCUGGAAGCAGUCAGCCGAAGGCUGCAGCGAAGAAGGCUCCCGAGAAGGGUAAGGAGAAGAAGCUCACGAAGGAUGAGAUGGAGGUCAAGGUCUUGGAGUACAUGAGGCAGCAGAAUCGGCCCUACAACGCCCAGAACGUCUUCGACAACCUCCACGGUGCUGUGCCGAAAGGCUCGGUGCAGACGAUUAUGGAGAGCUUGGUCACGGAAGGAAAGCUCUUGAUAAAGGAGUAUGGCAAGAUCAAGGUCUUCUUGGUGUCCCAGAGCUUGGUGGUCGGUGGCGACGAUGCCACCGCGUUGCAGCAAGAGGUGGACGAGGCCUCGAAGAAACGGAAAGCGCUCGGCAACGACCUGGACACGACGCGAAAGGAGAUGUCUCAGGUGGCAUCGAAGCACGCAGCCGCCAAGGAGGCCAAGGAGUCCGCUGCGGAGGCGCUCACCUUGGAGGCACGGGCCAAGCAAUUGAAAGGCAGCGGCGAGGAGCAAGUGGAGGAGAGUGAAGUGCGGGCGGUGGAGGCUGCGUUCACGCAGGUGCAUCAGACCUGGCGGAAGCGCAAGCGGCUUUGCAUGGACACGCUUCGAACCUUAGGAGAGGCAAUGAGCACGCGGACUGACCAACUCUUAGAGCAGUAUGGCGUGGACACUGACGAGGAUUGUGGUCAGACGCUGCCCCUGGAAUUCAGCCAGUGAUCGGCUGGAGCACGAGCCAAAUGCAAGUGUAAGUCGUGU